GCCAAAAAAAUUUCUAAAAAAGAAAAUGUAUUUUCAACUAAAUUUUAAAAGUAUUACCCUUCUUUUCCCUUUAUUUCACCUUUUUUUAUUUUUACAUCUGUGCCCUCAACAAAUUUUUAUUUCCGCUGGAUUUGAAUUGUUAAGUGAGGAAGAACCUUUGGAAGAUGCACACAGGUCAAUAGACAAAAGAUCUAGUGAGGAAUACGAAGAAUUCAUAAAAGGAAGUGGACGUUUACCUAUGGGCUUUGGAAAACGUUCAGCAGGACAACAAACAAAUAAUUUUCUUCUCCCUCCAUUUACAUCAACAAGAUUAUUAAAAUCAAAUAAUCAACAAGGAUUUUGGGUUAUUCGUCCAUUUAUUUAUGGAAUGCACCCAAUACCCAGAGAUUGGACUGUUUAA